UUGGCGGGGCCUCUCAGUUUCGGUUCUCGCUCAGUUCGGUUAGGAUCGUCAUGUCGAAACGGGAGUUUUUUAGUCCUGCGUCUGAAAGAAAUUUUGAUAGAUUUAGCACGUAGUAAAAUGAAUGGGACUAUGCUCCCGAUGACAACGACGCAGUGUCGGUGAAUUUAGAGAGUGAUAACGUGUAUCGUGUAUUGUAUCGUAUUGUACAGUAAGAAAGGAAUUAUUCAGAAUCCUGGGAGUGAAUAGUAUCUUCGUAAAAUAGAAGCACGUUAAAGGCAAAAGGUCUUCGAGCGCAACCUCAAGGAUUUUGAGCAACGAUGGAUUUUUAAUGAAGAAAUCCUCGAGAGCUACAGAGGUAGAAAGUGCCGUGCGAUGGAGAAUUAAAAGGUUUUAGGUGUGACCAGCGCAGGAUCCAAGACACGACCCCACAGGGACAUAUCCCUCAGGAAUCAAGAAGGAUAUAUUGCUGAAAGUGAGAGAAAUCCAGUAGGCAGAAAUCCUUUGUAAAGAAAAUGAGGCACGUCUCGUGGAGUCGAUCCUGGUGGUGCAGAAGGAAGCGGCGGCGACCGUCCGCUUUGAUCUUCCUCGCGGCCUCUUCGCUUCUUAUUAUUCUUUUGGCUACCACGACGUCGGCUGCCCCAGCACACUCCCAUCCAUCGUCCAUUCCUCCCGCUGACCAAUGCGACUGGACCGGAAGUGGAGGCGGUGGCCGCGGUGUGCGUCCAGUGUAUCUGCGCUGCUCCAGAGGAACGGUAUCUUGGCGCUAUCCCAGGGGAGCCCUUAGAGUGGUGCUCUCCGGUGCCGGAAACGCAGUGGCUGGUUUUCGUGGCUGCGUUAAGAUCUCGGGACCAGCCAGAGUUUACUUGGAGGCCAAAGGCACCUUACGGCCCGUAUACGCACCCGACGAUGGGAAACACGAGGCUCUACAUCGAUGCUUCUACUCCAGAGGACAGAUUGCUGCUCUCUAUGUGGAAGCUGACGAACCGUCCUCGACUCGUGGCCACGUGAAACUCCAGUAUGACCUAGAGUUCGCUCAUCCAGCCGACGAGGAGGAGGCCGAGUGUAGACCCUGCACGAAGGAGGAGCUGGCCAAGGCUUACUGUCAGAGCGACUUAGUCGCCAGAGGAACCGUCAGUGCCGUCGAAAGAAUGCCGGAUUUGGAGGCAGCCGAGCUGGUGCUUAGGGUCACCAAGACGCUCAGACGGGUCGAGGAGACAGAGGACAACGAAGUAGAUUCUGCCGACUACGGUAGACUGAAGGUGGUUCGCGUGCGAGUACCGAGCACCUGUGACGCCCGUCACGGUCAGGGUGAAUUUGUGAUAAUGGCGAGAAAGAGACUGGGCGACCUGACACUUGCCUGCGCGCCAAGGCUGGAAGCUUGGGCCGAAGCGGUGAGGGAACUCGAGACGGCGCCCUGCGUCCUCAAGAGUUAGGCCGAUCAAUCGGGUAGAAGGUAGCAAAAGAAAGGCAGGAGCAAGUAAAGUGACCUUCGGGAUAACUCUACAGUGCAUCUGCCCAAUUCUCUGAGAUCCGGCAUGAGUGACACGCUUGCUGGGAGGAUGCAUCAGCCUUGGAUGUCCCUGUGUAAAAAGAAGAGAAUGUACAUAUGGAUAUUUGUUUCUGCUUGUACAUAACGUUGUACUAUUGCUGUAAGGAUACCGAUCUCCGAACUGUGAUAUUAUUGUAUUAUAAGAGGUUUAUGAUGAAAGGAAUCGUUGGUACGAGUAGACGAUUAAAUAAACUAAUGAAGCAAGAGAA